AUGGGGAAGACAGAGACACCCUGCUCAGAGGCACAGCCCAACAACUGUGGGACACCUCCUCAGCGCCCCCCACAACUAUCCACAAAGGCUUGUGAGAGCCAAGGCCACCUUCUCCAGUUUGACCGACAAGCCCCUGGACGCAUUUCCACCUCUCCCACUCUGAGGAGAUUACGGGGGAGCGGCUGGGAGACUUCGCACUGGUUACCCCAGCAAGAUGCCCUGGAAGUGCCCACCUGGGGAAGUUGGAAAGAGUCCACAGGUUGCCUUUCCAAGAGUUUCCCUGGAAGUCCAAAGGGUUCCUCCCAUACUCUGUCACACUUGAGACUCUGCUCAAGGCCCCCCUCUGACCCUGAAAUGGUCCUCAACGCAGCUGACUCUGUCAGGCCCGAAGUCAGGCCCACCGAUGAGGAUGUGUUUCCUGUGCUCAACAGUGAGGGGUCUCUUUUCCAGCCUUCUCCUUCAGGGCAAGAAGAUAUCACAGUGUCCAGCCCCACACCACGGUACCCUAGUCCUCAGGGAGAAGAAUUACAUCGCUCCAGGUGUGUAUGUACUUUUCUCCAGAGCGGUAACAGCUGUUGA